AUGUGUUCCUGCUGCUGUGAUGAUGAUUGUAAAUGCAGGCCUUUAGGCUUUCUCUUAGGCCUGCCCUUUGCUUUUCUCUCCAUCAUCCUCUCUAUCAUCGGUGUGUUCGUGUGGAUUGUUGGAUUGGCGUUGACUUGCAUAUGCCCUUGCUGCUUGUGUGUGACGAUCAUAGUUGAGUUUGCACUGGGGUUGAUUAAGGCUCCAUUUCUUGUCAUGAAGUGGUUCACCUCAAAGAUUCCUUGCUAG